CCCAAUCCAGUCAAUAAGACACAAUAAUAACCUCAUUAGAACCUAAACUAGAGGUUAUUAUUAUUAUUAUUAUUAUUUUAUUUUGGACCCUCAGUUCCUGAAGCCACAUUUGUGUGAAGCUCCACCAUGAAGAAGUUCUUCGACUCUCGGAGGGACCUGGUCGGUGUCGGUCCUGGUUCUGGUGGGGGAAGCGGAGGAUCCAGUGGGGCCGGGGGAAACUUCAUCGGCCGCAGCUUCACCGUCGGGCAUCAUCAGGUCACCGUGGAGGAAACCCUGGCUGAAGGUGGUUUUGCCAUCGUGUUUUUGGUUCGGACCGGUCAGGGUGUGCGAUGUGCACUGAAGAGGAUGUACGUUAAUAACGAACACGACCUGCAGGUGUGUCGGCGAGAAAUUCAGAUCAUGAGGGAUCUCUCUGGCCAUAAGAACAUCGUGGGGUUCCUGGACUCGAGUGUAACGGCUGUAGGAGGAGGAGAUGUUUGGGAAGUCCUCAUGCUCAUGGACUUCUGCAAAGGUGGUCAGGUAGUGAACCUGAUGAACCAGCGUUUGCAGACGGGAUUCACCGAAAAUGAAGUGCUGCAGAUAUUUUGUGAUACCUGUGAGGCUGUAGCUCAACUGCAUCAAUACAAAACUCCCAUAAUUCACCGCGACCUGAAGGUGGAAAACAUUCUGCUCCAUGAUCAGGGUCAUUACGUGCUGUGUGAUUUCGGCAGCGCCACCAAGAGGUUCCAGAACCCGCAGACGGAGGGCGUGACCGCUGUGGAGGAGGAAAUCAAGAAGUACACCACGCUCUCCUACCGUGCACCUGAGAUGGUAAACCUGUAUAACGGCAAACUCAUCACCACCAAAGCUGAUGUCUGGGCUCUGGGCUGUUUACUGUAUAAGCUGUGUUUCUUCUCCCUGCCGUUUGGAGAGAGUCAGGUGGCUAUAUGUGACGGGAACUUCACCAUCCCGGAUAAUUCCCGUUAUUCCUACGACAUGCACUGUCUGAUCCGUUACAUGUUGGAGCCCGAUCCGGAUAAACGACCCGAUAUUUAUCAGGUGUCUCACAUUGCUUUCCGACUGGCUCGACAUGAAUGUCCUGUCCAAAACACACAGAAUGCCCUGCUUCCUGCUAAGCUCCCUGAACCAAUCAGAGCGAGUGAAGCCGCAGCGGUGAAGAAGAGCCAGACGCAGACCAAGCCCAGGCUCACAGAUCCCAUUCCCACCACCGAGACGUCCAUCACACCUCGUCAGAGACCCAAAGCUGUACAGUCCCAGCCUAUAGGGGGCGCCCUGCCCAUCCAGCCUGUUGCUCUCACACCACGCAAGAGAGCCGUGGGGGUGUUUUUGGCUCAGCCGGCGGCAGCACUGCAGUCUCAGAUCACACACUCCUCCAGCCAGCCGCAGCACAAACAGCCAAUCCCAGCUUCAGCAGCUGUAUCAGGAGGCGUGGCUACAAUGGUGACGAGCCCCGCCCCUACAGCAGCGACAGGUUUAGUCUCUCAGAAAGCCACACCCACCCCGUCGAGCCCGGCUCCGCCCACCGCUCCUGCACGUAGCUCCAAGCGUAAACAGCAGCAGCAGCAGCAGCAGCCACCAACACAACAGAACCCGCCUCCUCUAUCAUCACUGCUGCAGGAGGCCCCGCCCUCUGCCACGCCCCAGACCCCACCCACCUCCGAGGACGUGCCUGCCAACGUGGGCGUCUCCCAGACCCCGCCCUCCUCUCCCAAAACCCAGAAGGCGGGGCACAGGCGGAUCCAGAGCGACGUCACGCACAGUACCACGCUGGGCGUGUGUGUUAGCGAGUCCACGCAGCAGCUGCAGGCGGCUACGGCCGAGGCUAACCUCAACAAAUCCAAGUCAGCCAGCGCCACCCCGUCGAGCUCUCCUCAGUCUUCCCAGCAGAGCGUGUACGAGCCCAGCCAGCAGGGCGGCGCCGUCACCUCCGCCCCUUCGACCACAAGUAUCUGCACUCCUCCCGCCACAGGUCUGGGUGCCCCCGCUGCCCCUCCCGGUCCGAGUCUCAGUGCCCCUCCGACCCUGGAGCAGCCGCCGUGGAACCCGUUCGGCGACGACAACUUCUCCAGACUGACGGCCGAGGAGCUGCUGAACAAGAACUUCACCAAACUCCCCGAAGAAACUCCAGAGCCUGUGAUCGUUUUAACAGAAGAACUUCUGCCUGGUCUGGACUCUGUAGAACCCAUCGUUCAGCCUGCAGCUGAGAGACCUGCUGAUAUUUUGGGGUUGGAUUCGGGGGCUGAUUUACUGAUCGUACCAGAAAAGCUCAUCGAGGGUCUGAAGAGCCCGGACGCUUCACUCAUGCUGCCUGAUCUCCUGUCCAUGUCCGACCCCUUCGGCAGCUCUGUGGAGGACAUGAGAGGAGGUGGAGAGGUGUGUGUGGACUCCCUGAUUCCAGGCCUGGAGGCUCCUCAGGUUCAUCUGGUCCACACCGAGUUGGCGAGGACAGAAGACUCUCUUCUGGGCGGUCCCUUUUCCUCUGGCUCCACCUCCUAUUUGGAUGAGUUUGCACCUGUCUUAGGAGGCUCCGCCCCCAGCACAGCAGACUCCUCGUCCUGUUUGAUCUCGGCUUUAGAUCCCGAGGGUUCGGUUCUGGAGAGGAGUGCUGAUGACGAGUUCGACCCCAUCCCCGUACUCAUCUCCAAAUCAUCUCAAGGCUCCUCCCACAGUGCCGCUGCAGCUUCUGGUUCUGACUCCAGUUUGCCCAGUUUGGCUUGUUCACUGCUGCUGGUGGAUCAGCUCAUCGACCUGUAGAGCUCAACCUUCUCUAGAUCUGAACCCGUCUCUCGGUCCUUCUGCUUCUAGAUUCAUCCACCCCCUCAUUCACCCCCUUAUUCACCCCCUUAUUCACCCCUUCAUUCAUCCACCCACUCACCCCCUCAUUCACCCCUCAUUCACCCCCUCAUUCAUCCACCCACUCACCCCCUCAUUCACCCCCUUAUUCACCCCUUCAUUCAUGCUGCCAAUAACAGCUUUGCUUGCUGCUUCCGUCUUCAUUCCUUCAUCCUUCAUCCUCCUCUUCCUCUCCUUCAUUUUUAUUUCUUCAUUCCAUCAUUAGAAACUCACUUUAUUUAUGGGUUUUAUUAUGUGUGUGUGUGUGUGUGUGUGUGUUUAUGAGAGAGAGAGAGAGUGUGUGUGUGUGUUUAUGAGAGAGAGUGUGUGUGUGUGUGUGUGUGUGUUUAUGAGAGAGAGAGAGAGUGUGUGUGUGUGUGUGUGUUUAUGAGAGAGAGAGAGUGUGUGUGUGUGUGUGUGUUUAUUGUAUUUAAAUGUGAAUCAUUAUUUUUAUUUUUAUUUUUUUCCUUUAUUACGUCUUUAAUUUAUUUUUCAUUCUUCUUCUGCUGCACAUCCAUCAUUCCACCCCCCCCCCUCCCCUUCAAAUUCAUGUGUAAAUAGAUGAACAGUGUUGGUGUUGUGUGUGUGUGUGUGUGUGUGUGUGUGUGUGUGUUUAUGGUGAGGGGAAACGAUUAUUGAAGCACUUUAUUAUUAUUUGCAGUAUAAAUCAUCACGUCCUUUAACUUUAAACUUAUAAACUCACACAGAGAAAAAAUAUUCAGACGUUAAAAUCCAGAUAUUCAAUGGAGCCUUAAUGGAACCACAGAUCGUCCCCGGACAGGAGCAGCAGGAUGACCUGAAGGCAGCAGGUACAACAGUUACACAACACACCAUCUGCAUUCUCAUCAUCACAGAGAUGUGCAGCUCAGAUCUGUAUGAUCACAGGACUAUCAAACCCACAGUGAAGUGUGGUGGUGGGAGUAUGGUGUGUAUUAUUGCAGCUGGCACAGCGGGCGGAACCCGUCAUAAAGUAAUAACGAACCCUGCACAUUUAGAACGACGAUAUGAUUGGUCAAUAUCAAAUCCGUUUUUGAUUGCAAUGUGUCGUUCUUUCUGCCAACAGCAGAGGGCAACAAAGAAGCUUUAAUUUAACCCUUUAUGUACCAACACAAUAUGAAUAGGCAGGUAUGAUAUGAAGGAUUUAUUUGCUUUAGUGCUGAUUUUCAAUUAGAACUGAAUCCUUAUCAUACUCAUAAGUAUAUAUAUAUAUAUAUAAUAUUAUUUUAGAAUAUCCUAGACCCCAGGGGCUAGAGGGUUUUGACUGUUCCCCUGUGAGCAGGACGCAAUCCAAACAGAAAGCAACCAGAACUCAAGACGGCUUUCUAAUAUAGAAGGUGAAGGAGCUGCAGGAUCUAGACCUGAGUAUCCUGACGUUAAGAUGUUGGACUGUGACUGAUGGACUCUUGUACCACUCUUCUACCACUGUUAGGGGACAGUGGGAGCCUAGUGGUCAGAGCUUUGGGUGCAUAUCCAAGCUCUGCCAUGCAGCCACUGUUGGGCUCUUUAACACUGUCUGCUCCAGGGCCGUCGUCUUCUAACCAUGGAGAGGAAUUGAAUGAAGGUGGUUUGCUGGAUGAAAGAUUUGCCCCGCCUGUGCAACAGCGUGCUGCCGUUUCUCAGUUUCGUACCAGUUUACGGGUUUAAAGUGAAGAGACGUGACGUGUGAUUGAAUAAUAAAACUAAAGUGCUUUAACAGUCGUUUCCUCAGCGUGAGAACGUUGCUGUGUGUUGGUGUGACGCUGUAAAUGUAAAUGAGCUGUACAUCUGCACUAUCAGCCCUAUAGACCUGUUCUAUUCUCUCUGUGUGUGUGUGUGUGUGUGUGUGUGUGUGUGUGUGUGUGUGUGUUCGCGUCCUCGUAGUGAAACCAUAUUAGAGAUUAUUAUAAUAAUGAGAUUAGAUGUGAGCGAGUGCUGGAUGAACGAACGUGUGAAUUAUAAACCAUAAAUAAUUAUUCUGAUUCUCUCUUUAUCAGACGUGUGAUUAAGCAUGUGCCGAUGUUCAAUUACUCCGUGUAUCACGAUACUACACGUGCAAUAUUACCAUGAUCAUGGACACUUUAGGACCUUUAUUAAAUGAUCCUGUAUUGGUACUCGGAUCUUCAUAAUCUGAUGAUUUUUCUGAAGCUGCUGCGUCCCAAUCCACAUAACACUCAUGAACAGAUUACUGACUGGAGUACUUAUUACGUGUACUUUUUAGUAGUGUAUUAUGUGAUUUAGGACACAGCACCUCUCUUCCAUUCUGCAGAUAGACAUCCACUGGCUAGUUUAUUAGGAACCCCUAAUCAGAACAGUGUUCCCCUCGGUGUCUGAACCAUCCUUUGCUCCAUGUCAGCAGCACCUUUGGAUUCAGAUCGAAUGACCGGAGAGGUGAUUGACGUCCACUGAUUGAGCUGCUCUGGCUUUGUGUCAUGGUGCAUCAUCGUGCUGGGAGUCACAGUUGGUCAGUUGUGGUCAUAAAGGAAAGCACGUGUUCAGCAACACUAGACUCACUCAGUAUUACGGAGUCCCAGUGCUGAUCUGCUUAUAGAUUGUAGCACCAGAUUUCAGUUCUUGGCUGGCAGGAACCUGGUGUUAUAUAGAUCUUCCACCUCAAGGUUCAACAUGCUGAGAGGUCUGAGAGCGCUUGUGUAGAGUAAUGAAGUCAUUGUGGCUUCCCGUCAGAUCAAACCAGUGUGCUCUCAUCAACACAGAGUUCCCAUCUGCAGAACUGCCGCUCACUGGAUGUUCUUCCACUUUUCUGUCUAAACUCCUGGAGAAAAUUCCAGCAGAUCAGCAGCAGUUUCUGAUGAAGCGUUCAGGGUGAGGAUGAACUGCAGAUCUUGAUUGGUGUCUGUAGGGUUUUAUGCUGCUACACGACCAGCUGGAGAACCAAACAAACCAGCAGCUUUACAGGUGUUCCUAAUAAAGUGGCCAGUGGGUGUGAACAGCUCUAUCAGCUCACACAUCAGAAACCACAGAUAAGAAACCGCUCACCUUCUGACGACCAUCGUUAGCGAUGUUAGCGAUGUGUGUUUCUGAUGAAUCAGUGCCAUAUUGUGACAUCAUCGAAGCAGGUUACGAUGCGAGCGGUUAGUAAUAUCGGUUCAUGCUUUAGUGUCGGCGUGUCGUUUGUGUGAAGUGAAGGACGAGCGUCCGUCCUGUGUGUGUGUGUGUGUGUGAGAUAACGACGUGUCGAUGACAGUAACGCACAUAUCUUAGCAUGAGCGUGAUUAGAUUAGCGCUGAGAUGUGAUGGUGGGAUCCGUUUGUGUUCCGUUAUUUUUAUAUCUCAGUAUUUCGGUCGGGUUCGGUGUGAACACGUCCCAACUCUUCUGACCCUCUAACUGUUCCUGUUCUGUCUGAUUCUCCUCGUUUACAAACAUCAGUUCCAGAUUAAGACAGGAUGUGAAAUUCUUUUAUUAUUUAUUUAUUUUGAGAUGUACACUCAUUCAGUUUGAUUCAAAAGAGUUAGGACAGGAUCAUGUUUACCUCUGUGUGUGCGUCUGAUCCUUCAGCUGAGCAACUGCACGGAGCCCCCCCCCACCCCUUCCAUCCCCACCAUAACAGAUCCUCUCCUUUGACCUGCUAACGAUCAGGACAAUCUUUUCCCAUAAACCAUCUGAAAGCUGGUCAGUCUGAACCAUUUCUGGAUUUAACUGACGUGUAGAUUGCGCUGAUUUUCUCCUAAUUUAGUGGUCGCCGAUUCCCCUGCUGCAAUGCUCGGUCCGGGACAGGUGUAGCCUAGUGGUUAAGGUACUGCACUAGUAAUCGACAGGUCGCUGGUUCAAGCCCCACCACUGCCAGGUUGCCACUGUUGGGCCCUUAAACAAGGCCCUUAACCCUCAAUUGCUUAGACUGUACACUGUCACAGUACUGUAAGUCAUAAGACUGUACACCAGCCUGAGACUAGGCACCAACUCGGACGUAUCAUAGAGAGAUACGCUGGACCCCUGCAGUUUUUUUUACUGCUAGUGUAGACAUACCUUAACUGUAUAGCAGCAACAGAGCCCAGCCAGGUUGGUAGCACAGCUGGGGAUCGAAAUUCAAGCUUCAGAUCUCAGUGUGUUGGUGCAUCAGACCACCGUGCCACCCGAGCCCCAGGUCAGAGCAGAUGCUCUUAUCCAAAGCAACUUACAUUAGUUACAGUACACUUUCUAAGCAAG